AUGGAAUAUAUUCGACGUAAACGAAUUAGUCAUAUUUUUGCUAUGCCUGUUUCAAUUGUAUUACCAAAUAUGGGUCAAAGUUCAUUUCGUAAUAUGCCAACACAAUCAACGCAAUCAGCACCAACAAUAUCAUUGUUAAAAUAUGAAUAUUUUAAAUCACGUCAAAAAUUAUCCAAAGAUUAUCGAAAUUCACAAAUUUUAAAUCCAUUAACACUUUAA